CCCCCCCCCCCAAACAACAUAACCAGCCUGUCAUUGUCGCCACGACAUGCGUGAGUCGGUCUAGAAACGUACCUUACGUACGGCAUCCAGCUGCUCCCCUUAUUAUUAAGGACUUUCGGCUCACCGCUUGCCUGACUGCACCACCGGCUCCAAGAAGAGUACCAGAGUACCACACACCCAACGACGACAACCGAAGGACCUCUUUACCUUCGCCCCGCUCCUCUUAACUGCUCAGAUUAUCUACCCAGCAGCACCGCAAGCUGCAAGCCGCAAGCUGGCCGUCAUAUAUCUCCAGCUUCAGACCGCCCCCCGUUCUUCUCCGCUGCGUACCCCUCCGCGGGGCCUUCUCCUCCCACCAAACAUGCCGACCAUACUCAACGACGACGACAAGGACACCGUCAAACGCCAUGUUCCCAAAGCUACCAACAAGAUCCAGGCCGUCGCCGUGGCCAGGCUUUACGUUGCCUAUCCCGACAGGUCGCGGUGGACAUACACUGGCUUACAGGGUGCCGUCGUGCUAGCCAAUGACCUCGUCGGCAAUACCUACUGGCUGAAGAUGGUCGACAUCUCCCCUUCGAACAGAGGUGUCCUCUGGGAUCAGGAGAUCUACGACAUCUGGAGCUACAACCAGGACCGCACCUAUUUCCACACCUUCGAGCUCGAGGAGUGUCUCGCCGGGCUCUCCUUUGUCGAUGAGAAAGAGGCAAAGCAGUUCAAGAAGAAGAUGGACGACCGGGAGAAGAAUGCCAGCAAGGCAACUCGUCAUACCCCCUUUGGAGGCGCCAACCAUCAGGCUCAUCACAAGCACGGUCUCCUGGGUGGUCUCUUCGGUAGCCAUCGACGCUCGUCCCCCUUGAUUCCUGAUUCGCCGCACCCUCUGCCUCCGCCUGCGGCCCCGCCGUCUUCUCUCCCGCACUCGAGGGUACCUUCGUCCGGUGGCAUCGUCAAUGGCCGCAAACCCCCUUCCGAGUUCGCCAUCCUUGAAGCUUUCGACCCCAACUGGCGGGCGACCUUUGGUCGGGAACUCAGUGCGAAUGGUUUGACGGACGAUUUCAUCAAGGAAAACCAAGAGUUCAUCGUCGACUUUUUGAAGGAUGCACAGCAGAAGGAGAACAAUGAAUAUGAACACGCCCCUCUGCCUUCUCACAGGGCUCCCCCGCCGGCGCCUCCGUCGCCUCUUGCAUCUGCAUCUGCACUUGCGCCUGCUCCCCCUCCCCCUCCCCCUGCCCCUGGCCCUCCCCCUGCCUCUGCCCCUGCCCAUCCUCCUCCGGCCUCGAAUGGCCAUGGAAGAGCGCCUCCGCCUCCGCCUCCACCUCCCUCAUCAGGAGGACCUACGGAUAUGUCACACCCAAUUUCGGGCCCCGGCUCCAAGCGAGGCGCGCCUCCUGCUCCACCUCCAGCCAGGAGGGCCGGGAGGACGGAGAGUGCGGCUCCGGAAAAGAAUGUGCCUCCUCAGAGUCCUCCUGCCCCGGAACCACCACGGCCUCGAUUUGCUGUCCCGCCCCCGCUGCCCGAUGCCGGAAAACUCGCCCACGAACCCCCCGCGAGGUCACCACGGCUACACAACACAAGUACACCAAAUCCCGGACCGCCCCCGCCGCCCCGGCCACCUAAGAUCCCCGAGGAUGAUAAACCGGCCGGCCAAAGAUUCGGAGUUCCGCCACCCUUUGCCGGAGCUAGGAACCCAGUGCCGCCACCUCCUCCUACCAGGGGUUCCGGGCCUCCCCCUCCUCCGCCGCGCUCUUCGGCGGCGCCUUCGUCAGCCGCGCCGUUCAUUCCACCGCCGCCUCCUCUGCCGCCCAAGGGAAACAGCCCCGCACCCCCCCCUCUUCCGCCUUCCACAAGUCGGCCGGUGCCCCCACCCCCGUCCGCCGGCAGUGCCCCGCCUCCUCCUGCUCCUCCUCCGGCGCUGCCUCUGCCCCCAGGUCACAAUGCGCCUCCUGCCCCUCCUCUUCCCCCAGGCCACAAUGCGCCUCCUGCGCCUCCUCCCCCCCCACCGGCGCCGGUUGCUGCAGACCCCAGCCGGAGUGCCGUGUUGCAAGGUAUUCAGAAGGCAGGUGGCAUUGGUGCGCUGAAGAAGGUGGACAGGAGUCUGAUUCGAGAUCGAAGCGGAGCACAAGUCCCGGGUGGCGGAGGCGAUACGGGACCCCACGGCAGCGGCCUACCGCCUUCUGGGGCUGCGCCGGGCGGAGGUGGGGGCGGCAUGGCCGAUGCGCUGGCAGCGGCCUUGCAGAAGAGGAAGGAGAAAGUUAGUAGGAGUGAUGACGAACGAAGCGAUAACGAUGACUGGUAAAUCCUCGUUUUGUCGGCCUCUGCUCGCAA